AUGGAGAGAAGAAAGAGUAGGGGAAGCUGCAAUGAUGAAUUGGCGUUAGUAAAGGCAGCUGCAUGGGCAUGGUUUCAACAUGGAUCCGGGACCGACGGCAAACCAGUUAUGCCGGAAUUUGAUGUCAGAAGGACUUGUCAUGCUCCUUAUAAACCAUCCAGGUACAAGCUAGAAGCUAUGUUGAUUUCUAAUAUUAAUAAACAAGGCAUGGAAUUUGAAGGGUUGAAAUCACCAAGUGUUGUUGAGAGUAUCUCUGAUCAAUCGCUUCUUGAUACAUAUGAAAUUGAGAGUAUUUCCCGGAAAUUGGAUCAACUUAUUGAGUCUAGUGGUGAAGGCAAACUGUCUAAGGGGUUCCUAGCUGGAGAUGUUCUUGGUAGAAACAAGGCCAAACCGGGAGGCAGAGGCUCAAACUCUGACCUUGAGUGCGGAGAUAAAUGUUCGCUACCACUCAAGUUACAAGCUCCUAAUCUUGUUGAAGAUAAUCGUCAACAAGGAAGAAGUAAGUCACUAAUGGAUGGUAAAACAAAUGGGAGGAAGAACAAGAACAAGAACUUUACAGGGUUUUGGCAUAGGCAUGCAGCAAUAUGUGGCAGAAGUGAUGAUGUUCUAAACACAAAAGCUUUCGUGGUUAGUCGUCGCCGGCCGCUGGAAAAGGGUGUAUAG